AUGAGAGCAGGUAUCUACGAAUCUCUCCUGGUUUUAAUAGAAUCAUGUAAAACUCUCCAACAAUUCAAGCAAUUUCACGCUAAAUCCACCAUUCUUGGCCAUUCCUAUACAAACAUCAUCCUUAAAAAGCUAUCUCCUACUUUACUUUCUAACGAAAGCCUUGAUUACGCCUCACGAUUACUUAGCACAACUCCGGAAGCAGAUAUCUUCAUCUGGAAUGUUAUUAUUAAGGCGUAUUCUGUUUCGCCUAAUCCAGUCAUGGCUAUUCAUACGUACAACAGAAUGCGAGAGAAGGAAAAAGUUAUGUUGGAUCGAUAUACUUGCACUUUCGUUCUUAAGGCGUGCGCUAAUCUAAUCGCUAUAGAUAAAGGUAAAGAGAUACACGCAGUGGGAGUGAGACAAGGUUUGGUAUUUGAUCGUUUUUCACAGAAUUCUUUACUUAAUUUUUAUAUGGUUUGUGGAGAAUUUGAGAAUGCGCGUAAAGUGUUUGAUGAUUUUCAAGGGAAAGAUGUUGUGUUUUGGAAUUCGAUGAUAAAUGGUUAUGCUAAAGUAGGGUUGAUUCAUGAGGUUCUGCAGGUUUGGAGAGAAAUGAUGAUGACCAUCAUUAUUAAGCCUAGUGAGGGGACAAUUGUGGGUAUUAUAACUGCGUGUAUAGAGUCAAAAAAGUUCGAAUUGGGGAGAGAAAUCCAUGGAUAUGUUAUAAAAGAAUCGACGUUAAGCAAACAAGUGAAGAUUGGAGCUUCACUGAUAGAUUUAUACAUGAAAAGUGGGCAUUUAGAAUAUGCACGCAGACUGUUCGAUGAAAUGCCUGAAAAGAACACAGUGGUGUGGAACUCGUUGAUCAAUGGGUAUUGUAGAGCUGGCUGUUUGUCUCAUGCUAUUGACCUUUUCAGAGAGAUGAUCAAUUCAAUGGCGAAACCCGAUCAAUUUUCAAUUUCACUUCUCUUAUCCGGAUGCGCACAAGACGGAGCAUUCAAUUUAGGAAAAUGGGUUAGAGAUUACGCGAUUAGUAAUGGGAUCUGGGACAAAUUUAUUGCAACUUCUUUGUUAGACAUGUAUGCAAAAUGUGGUUUUGUUCAAAUGGCUAGAGAAGUGUUUGAUCAGAUGUCUUAUAGUGAAAGGACAUUAGCAACAUGGAACAGUAUAAUCGCAGGAUAUGCUUCACACGGGUUUGCUGAACCUGCAUUAGACUUGUUCAUCAAAAUGGAAGAAUCUGGUAUGAAACCUGAUUCAAUCACCUUUCUGACAAUUCUACAUGCUUGUGCUCAUUCCGGUUUGAUCGAUAAAGGAAAACAAUACUUUGAAUCGAUGAAAUACAAAGGUGUGAAACUAGGAGUGGAGCAUUACGGUUGCAUGGUUGAUCUUCUUGGGCGUGCGGGGCUAGUGAAGGAAGCGAAAGAGCUAAUCGAGAGAAUGGAAAUGAAACCGAAUGUAAUUGUAUUGGGUGCUCUUCUUAGUGCGAGUAGGAUUCAUGGUGAUAUUGAAACGGGAGAAUGGGCUGCUGAGAGGAUUUUCGAGAUGGAUAGAAUGGAUGGUGGGACUUAUGUUUUGCUUGGUAAUCUUUAUGGGGCGAAUAAGAGAUUUGCAGGAAGUAAAGAAUCGAUUAGGAUGAUGAUGAUGGAAAGAGGAGUGAAGAAACCUCUUGGUUGUAGUUUGAUUGAAAUUGGUGAUUGUGUUCAUCAGUUUGGUGCUUCUGAUAUGUUGCAUUUUAGGUGUAAUGAAAUUUACUCUGUUUUGAAUGAUUUGAGCAAGAAGCUCAAGCUUGAAGAAACAUGUAUGGUCUCUUUAAUUGACUGA